CCUUCAGCCCAAGCCAGUACAGCUGAGCGCACGAACGCGCGGGCCGAAAACGUUUGCUCGCCGCAUUUCCAUUUCGUCGCUGGAAAACGUUGGAUUCAAGCGCGGCGCGUAUCUCGCAAGGGCAAGUGCAACCGUUUGAACAUUGGCCCUUCUCAACCGUUUUCUGCAAAAAAUAGUUUAAGUGCCGUGUUUGUGUUUACUUUCCGUAAAACAUUAACAGAACCAAAGCUGCCCAAAAGAAGCAAAAUAUUUAAAAUAUAAAAAAAAUGUAAAGAAUGUGAACAAGUGUAACAUGGAAAAUACAAAAAGUGGGUUUAAUCUGAAAUUAAAACUAAAAAAAUAUAUUUCGAUAAUUUUGACGUAAUAAAGCACAGAAAAGCAAGUAAAAAGGGGAAGUAAAGAAAUAAAAAAAAUGAAAGAUUCAAAAUAAACAACGAAACAGAACAGUUGGAAAACACGUACAAAAAAAGUGAACCAUUCAAACAUUGUAUCGGGUGUCAGUUCGGUUCCGGCUUUUCCCACCCCAGGAUCGGCCAGUGUCCACAAACCCCUUUUGCCGUCAGCAAUACAAAAAGGGGAGUGCAAAAUGCGUUCGUUCGGGUGUUGCACCAACCACCAUCACCACCCGACGAUGCACUCUCGGUGCAUCUGAGCGAGACGACACGAAUGGCGCCACAUCCCGCGAACGCGUGUGUAUAUCCCGCGCGCGACCAUACCUUUGGCGCGAAAAUGUGCACCAGUGCGUGUGUGUGUGUGUGUGUGAGUGCGUAGGUGUGUAGACGGGCGCCACGAGAAAGAGUGUGUGUGUGUGAUUCGCGCGCAACGUCCAAGUUUUAAGCAACUUUCGGCACCGCCGCUGGAAAUCAAACGGAAUCGGUUUUUAAACAACUUCAGAAGAGGGCCUGCGAUCGCGACCCACUAAGCGGUGCCUCGCGGUUCCUUGCUCCCCGGGUUGUAUGUGUGUGCGUUUUUUUUUGUUGUGUUGUGCUCCUUCUUCUUCGCGUCGACGCAUUCGUUCGCGGUGUUUGUGUGCGUGUGUGCGAGAGUGCUCCGAAGUAGGAAAACGGACACGGACCACCGGGCUCGCCGGGUUCAGCGGGUUUCGGUCAGUCUGUCGCGAAUUUAUCCUCCGCACGGAAGGACGGCGCGCGAACGUGUCCGCGCUCUCGUACGACAUCUCGAAUUCCGAACGCACGAGAAUGCAACAGUCUCACGGGGUUCUUUUGAGUUUUGUUUUUGGGAAAAGGCGUUGAAACUCACCUGUACAUAACAGUGAAUCUGUUUAGUGGAAUUGAUGUAAAGUAAGGAGGUUUUUAAGUGAAGUGUACAAUUGAAGAAGUGAAACAAAGAACAAGAAAUUCUUUCAAAUGCUAUAAAUGACCUAGUUGUUUGGAAAUUCGGGCCGAUUAAAGUAUCUCCAAGUGUACAGUGUGUAAAUUGAAGCAAGUUGUGCAAACCUAACAUCCUUCCUAUCAACAUCCGAUUUCGCUCGGACCUAACCUAACACAGCCCACAACCAUGGCCGUCGCAAGAAGUCGCAAGAAACGGUCCCCCUACUAACGUCCGCCCCAUCACAUCACCAACCCCGAACUUGCCUUCGCCCCUCCCCCACACAUCACCAUGCUGCUGUUCGAGUCGGUCCAGAACGGUGACCUCGACCAGGUCCGCCACCUGUUGGACGGCGGUGCGGACGUUAACGCCCGGGACGACAAGUUCUUCAACACCGCGCUCCAUCGGGCGGUCUUUGCACGCCGCAACCGGCUCGAGCUGGUGGCACUGCUGAUCGAGCGCGGCGCGGACUGUAACGCACUCAACAAGAAGCGCCUAACGGCGGCUGAGCUCGCCCUCGAAAAUCGACUGCCCGAGGUGGCGAAACAGCUCGUCCUGUGCGAAACGGCCCACCUGGACGAUCAUCUCGCGUACUAUCUGCUGAUCAGGCGCGGCAACCUGCAGCUGUUCGAGUACCUGAUCUCGAUCAAGCGGCUGCGGUACGAGGACGAAAUCUGCGUCAUCGCCCGGGCGUACGGUGAGCUGCGGUUGCGAAACGUGCCGCUGAGCGAACCGAUGGAGUCGUACCUGACCGAGAUCCUGAUCAACCACGACUACUGGCUGCGGAAUCGGGUGCGGGGCGGAUGGGCCGACGGGCGGCGCGAGACCCUGCGGCGGUUGGGCGCGAUCGUGGAGAACGUGCAGGAGCUGACCGGCGGCUACGACAGCCACAAUCUGACGGACGUGGACAGCCUGUUUCUGCUGCGGCUGUCCCACAUACUGGAGAAUCUGUUCUUCGUCCGGAACGCCUACAAGCAGCUGCCGCUGCACCAUCUGGAAUUCUGCAUCGGCAUUUUCCUUCACAUCUGGAAGCAUGCACCCCGCUACGACGUCUACAAAAUGCUUCUCGACAAGCGGAAACUGCUGCUCUAUCUCGGUGCCGUCACAAACGAGCUGAAGAAAAUACUCGCCCAACCGGGCAAUGCCACCCACGGCAGCAGCAAUCCAUCCUUCGCAUCGAACUCACCAGAAGAAAGCAGUACCUCCGCGGGAGCCAGCCCCACAACGAGCCUUAGUCCGGGAUGUGAGCAAUUCCCGAAAGCUCAGCGAAAGUUUCACUGGACAACGGAACGUAAUCGUGAGCUUAUGUUUUGCCACUACGUCGUCACCGGCAGCGGUGAACACACCAACUAUCGUGCCCGACUGCACGAGCUGUGGGUAGAGCGGCAUCGAGCACUAGAGAAACCCUCAAUCUUCCCUGCCACCGACGAACAGCAGCCAGCCUUGGAGCUUACCGAGCAGAAUCUGCUCACGCAACAGCGCAAAAUCGUGCGCGAUCAACUGCUGCCCGAAGACGUACGGCGGAGGGUGGAAACGGAGGCGAUCAGCUACCGGUACUACCUGCGCACCAGUCAACCGAAAGUGUCCGACAAGAAUCGCAAAGUGUUUCGUAAGCUGGCCUGUUGCUACCGACGGAUACGCGAGCUGCACGCUACCAAUCGCGCCCUCGAGUACAUCGACUCCGUAUCGGAGCUGGAGUGGUCUGGGGGGCGGGAAAUUGAAACGCUUGCAAUGAAACGUGUCGUGCAGGUGGUUUGUGAAACUGUGCGGCAUGGACGUGACACACCGAUCAUUACAAAGCACCUGGAAAGCUUUGUGAACGUGUUGACAACCGAGCGAAUACUGGGGGACGCGCGGAUACGUGACUACCUUUCGCACUACCGGAGAGGCAAUGAUCUGUUUGCCAUCCUCACAGGUGGGACCGGCAGCAGUGACCAGCAGGACGAUCGACGCGAUCAUCUUCACAUCAACGCCGACGCGCUCGAUUGUGAGGAGCUGCACCGUAAUCUCAAGCUGCUGCGUCAUCUUUUUCGGAGCGCUCGGAACCUGCAGCACAUAAUGGCCAUCAAGACGCUCAUCAACCGGUUGUACGAUAGCAAGAGUCUCGAGGAGAUAAAGUCCUACCACGCGUACCUUUUCCGCCACAGUCCAACCGGCGCACUGCUAGAGGAGCUUGACUGGGCACCGUUUGGUCUUCUCGAAAUCGACAGCCUCGUGGACGCAAUCGAGGAGGAGUAUCACUGUAAAGGAGUUCCUGCCAACGAUCACAUCCAACGGAUACGUGCGAAGAUCUGCACGGAGCUUGCAAGCUACAAAACACACCACCGGCAGUUCAGUAACACGAUCCUGCUGGUGGAGGAUCUAAUAGCGAAGAUCAAAUCGAACCACAGCUACGAGAAGAUCCGCCACAUCUUCCGAUCUCAUCUGAAGGCAUUUCAACGGAACCGUGCGAUCGAUAUGCAGUUUCUCGUACAUCUUCGAACUGCUCUGCUGAGGUACUUCUAUGACGAUCUCCCAGAGCUGAGGCAUCGAAACGAACUAGAGCGAAGGAUAGCAAUGUUACUGUGUCGGUGUUUGUAUGCGAUCGACAGGAAGCUUUACCAUCAAUCCCGUACGUCCAGUGGACCUCUAACAGUGCAUCUAACUGGAACCGGCAAUGCUACACUUCUAAAACGCCUCGAAGAAGCAACCGGACGGCAGCUCUCACAUCUCACCAAAGAUCCUCUCUUCUGCAAACUGCAAUAUCAUCCCGAGAAGCGGUACGAUCUCCUACGACAGCUACUAAACCGGCAUCACAUCCGACACAGCACCAACCUGCUCGCCGAUCUCCGCCGCGAUGAAGAGCGCGAAACAGAAGAGAAGGUAGCCCAGCUACAAAAGCUGUUCCUCGAUCAGAACAUGAACAUGCGACCGUUCGAGCGGAUCGAUGAGAUCGCGUUCGAGAUGCUGAUGCUCGAAGCAACCUGCGCCCUGUCAGCGAAGCUGGCCGACAACCGGGAAAGCGUCUGCAACUAUCUGCCCGUACUGACGGGGCGCAAUCUGCGCAACUACCUCGCCCACGGUCACGUCACGUACGAGGCACUGAUACCGUGCACGGGCUCGAAAACGAUCCUGCUCAAUGCGCUCAGCAUUAUCAAGCUGUCGAAGAACAUCAUCUCGGAGAUCUACGAUCGGCACGGGUGGGAGUUUGGCGAGAAGCUGGCACUGCUCAAACAUCAGCAAAGUAUCCUUGGAGGCUUUCAGUAUCAGAGCUGCGGUGCAAUACGGGAUACGAUCCGGCAGGAGGCGUACCUGCUUGGGCGAAAUCAUCUCAACCACGGUAUAGUGGAUCAUCUCGUGCAGCAGCAGAGCUGUAUGCUGUUGGGUCACUUGCUGGACUUUGGAAAGGUGGAUGAGUUCUUGAAGCCGCUUGCCUAUCUGAUGGAGAGCGUGAGUGCGAUACCUUGUGGAAGGCCACUGCACGCUAUCCUAGCGGAUACGGCGUCACGAGUUGAGUUCUGCUACAGCCUCGCGGUGCUCAGCAACGAUGAGGACAUUCUGUCCAAGAUUGUGGCCGACUUCGGGUAUGGGCAGAUCGAUGCCAUACCGAUGGUGUUUAACUUCGAUCGGCUCUUUGCAAGCUUUCUCGAGACGCACCCAGACUACGAUGUGAAUGCGGACGCGAAUGCAGAGAUCCUUCACUACGCAGUGUUGUCUGGGAAUGUGGAGCUGCUGAACCUGCUGCUGGAUCAGUGCCACGAUCUAAAUCAGCGCGAUGAGGACGGUCAAACACCGCUCGAAGUAGCGUGCAAGCUGAGCAACGUCGAGAUGGUAAAGGCACUCACGAACGCUGGGGCCCGGUGGUACACGAACGGUGAGCACGGAUACAGCCAGUACUCGUGGAUCUUCCUCAACAACGAUCAGGAUGCGAUCGUGUUUCUCAAGAACAAUGAGCUGCUAAGUGGGAAGGUGGCUGGUGCGUGUGUUACCCUGUUCCUGCAGUAUUGCGACGAUGGCAAUGAGGAGAUCGUCGAAUUCAUGCUCGCGAAUGAAACGGUCGAGUAUGGCGCUCUCUAUCCGGCGACGGUUAGGUUUCGUCGGUUGAAUGUGUUGCGCUUUCUGAUUGAAAGUGAUCGAAAGGUGAGCAGUAAUGUGAAUCGGAAGGAUGGCAGCAUGGGGCUGACACCGUUACAGAUUGCUGCUCGAAUGGGGUAUGCAGACGUCGCGAACAUACUGCUCGAACAGGGUGCGAAGGUGCAGCUGCGUGAUGCGCACGGGAACAGUGCGCUUCAUUAUGCGGUUGAGUGUGGAUGUGUGAAGACGGUGAGGUUGCUGCUACGUCACGGGGCCAGUGUUGGAGUUCGAAACAGUCUCGGGCAGAGCCCUCUUGAGAUAGCGAUCGCAAGAGAGCACAGGAAGUUAGUACGACUGUUAGCGCACAGUGGACAGAAGGUGGAUAGUGUGAUGCUGCCGGAACGGUUACGGAAUGGUGCGAUUGUUGAGGAUCUGCUACCAGUUGCGAAACGAUUCGAGUACUCUCUGUCGCCUGGAGACGUCAGUAGUGACACCUUCACACCAUUACAUCAUGCUCGGGAUGAGCGGGCAAUUCAACAGUUUCUGCAACUGUACGAGAUUGAUGUCGCUAGUCCUCGUUACCGUACUACUCCUCUUCAUCUAGCCUGCCUUUCCAACGAUCCGCUGCGUGUUCGGGCGCUCCUGAAACAUGGCGCCGACCCAACACUUGCCAACAGUGAAGGAUGGACUCCUCUACUACUGGCGGUGGGCAAUCGUAGCAUAUCGAUCGUGCAAACCCUACUCGAGCAUCGGUCACUGCAACAAGCCAGGCCAACUACUCAUGAUGAGCUGGACACCGUGCUGGCCAUUGCCAUCCGGAAGCAAUCGAUCGACAUUGCCAACUUGCUGCUGCAGAAGGGUGCUUCAAUCGAUACGAUCGGCAGAACGCUAACUGCUCUAUCGCCGACGCAUCGUGGCGUCUCAACCACCACAACCCCCAAGCACCCACAUCAGCUGUUCUUCUGUGCCGCUCGCGACGGUUACAACCGCAUCCUGGAGUACCUGCUCGAGGGCGCACUGUUCGACGUGAAUGCGAAAGAUACGAUCGGCUCGACUGCCCUCUUCCAUGCACUGUCGCGAGCACCACUCGAAACGCUCGAUAUCUUACUCCGCUACGGAGCCGACGUCGAGCACAGCAAUCAGUUCGGCCACAACGUGCUCUCGAUCGCGGCCAUGAACAAUCGGCUCGAUGCGCUGCAGUACUUUGUGAACAACUUCCCCACGCUGGUGCGCCUGCUGGACGCGGUCGAAGUGGACACGAAAAAUUCCGUCCUCCAUCUGGCGGUACUGCGCGGUGCGCUCGAGAUCGUGCAGUACUGCGUGAAGCUUCACCGCACCGGAGGCAUUAGUUUGGAUGCGCAAAACAAGGAAGGUUUUACGGCGCUCCACAUUAGCGCACAGACGGGCCAUGAGGCGAUCUUUGGGUAUUUGCUGAGUCACGGUGCCAAUGCGACCAUUCCGUCGGCCAAUGGGCAAUCCAUACUGCACACCGCCAUCUGCAAUCGGAACCUCAACAUCGUGCAGAUCAUUCACCGGGCCGGAGUGUUGCCGCUCGAGCAGGAUCUGUUCGAUCACGACGAACGAUCACCAUUGCAUUACGCGGUGCUUUCCCGCCAGGUGGAAGUGGUGCGGGAAGUGUUGAAGCUACCGGGGCUGCCACUAAAUCAUGCUGACGCGCGGGGCAAUACUGCGCUCCAUCUGGCGGCUGAGUUUCAGUACGUCGACAUCUACAAUCUGCUCCAGAAACGGAUCGACAACGAGGUGCGCAAUGGCAAUGGGAAGCGUGCGAUCGAUGUGCUGUUGCGCAAGUGAAUGUAAAUGUUUUGCAAGGCGUUGUACAGAUGGUUUUUUGUUUCCCUACUGACACAAACAAACACUCUCUAGUAGGCAGUAGUUGUAGUAGUAGUAGUAGCCGAUGGGAUAGCAAAGGAUGAGUGUGGAAGAUUUGUUUGAAAGUGUUUGAAAGAGAUAAGAAAGCGUGUGGAGCGUGUACAGAAAGUAUUAUAUACUAGCUAGUGGCAAUCACGGCGAAAGAAAGCCUGUUGGAAGUUUUCUCUACCCUUGCGAGAGGCUCUUCGUAUAAAAGCAAACACAAACAAACAAAAAAUCGCCAUUUUAGAAACAGUUAACCGCCAAUCGAUCGUACGAGGAAAUGCAAAACUUGCAACAAACGUUUCUUUCAACCAGUUUCGUCUUUGUGUUUACGUGUACGCCUUGCUAAAGAAGGUGAACAAAUUUCAUUUUUGAAUUUGUUUUUUUUUGUGAAAAAGAUAGUUAAAAUUGUAUUGUCUAUUCUCUAUAGGAAGCUAAGCAUUCUAAAACAAAUAUAUUAAUGUAUAAAAGAUGAUAUGUGUACGUACAUGUAUCGAACACGGCAAUCAGUGGCCCCCCCAGGAGGUGUAUGCACGAUAAAUUCUCUAGCUAAAUGUAACAACACCCACUGAUGGAACCAAAAUGAUCUUUUUGUACUAAUCGUCAUCAGUCAAUGAGUUUUUCCUUGUGUCAGUAAAACCGUUUGCGAACUAAACAAAGCAAAGAUGGCGCACGCAAUUUUGGUAGACAGCCGGUAGCACAGCCACUAUUGCAAUCCAAUCAAUCAAAGCUCACAAUACAAUACAAUACCCAAUCACUUCAAUGCAGCAAACUAAAACACACACUCACACGCACCGUGCGUUACGGAUCGUGCCAGCAUGUCGGCUUUACCGGCGCCAAACAUAUCGGCUUCGGGUUGUCAUCUGUGAUCUGCGAUCGUACACAGUGGAUGGAAUAGUUUUUAAGCAGCAAAUACACAACCAACCAUGCCACCAUCCUGUAGGUCAAAUGGAAGGACAUCGUGCGUUUGGAAAAUCGCCCGUCAAAAUCGCAGCACAAGCCGCGAUGGCCCCUUUAUUUCCAUAUGUGCCCUGCUAGCGAUGGCAGGACUGUCCCCGGGGAGCGGGAAAGUGCCCGUACUGGGUCACCAUUUGUCCACAUGGUGAGGCAUCAAUAGAACCGGAGUACUUAAACCCAUUCGUCGGUAGGCUUUUUCCAGUUCGACAGCGCCGAUUGUGUAGUGGUACAGCAAGGAAAGAUCUAAUUGAGAUAAUUUUGUCAUUCGGAUUGCAUACAUUUAGGCGCUUCGUUAUUGCGACGGAAUAACGCUUGAUGUAUGCAAUCUGUGCGGCUUAAUUAGCUCUGCUUAGCAUUUUCUAACCAUUUCUAACAUCAGUUUGUCGACUGAAACAAGCUUACAAUCAAUGUAAAAAUAAAACAGAACAGAAUCUUACCAAUCCAGUCAGUUACAGUGCUUAAGAAUACAUUUUACGUUUUUCGCACACCGAAUGCAAUAACCGAUAUGACUCAACCAAUAUAACAAACUCACACUAAAUAGUACAUAGCAAUAGUAAUACUCAACAUCCACUCGUCAGUGUAACGAUCGCAACGGUAGAUGACUACCGAAAACCACCGAUGGUGUGUAUUAUGGCGUAGAUGUGCUGGCCCCAUGACGUUUCCCGGUUGUUUCCGAACUACAUAUUUAAUCUCCGAUUUUAAAACCGACAAACCUACAUAGCAGAUAUCAUAUAAACCGUACUUGCCAAUGGUGCACAACUACAAACUACAAUAGAAUGGACAAACGUGGACAAACUGUCCACCAUACCCAGCCCGAUCGGUUGGCAUAUGGAAUGGGAAGCUUAGGCAGACGGGUGUACUGGUGUAUGCUGUAAACCCGUUUCCAGCUCUAAGCUUUUUAUUCCUCCAGUCGAUCGACGGCACUGCAAACAGAUGCAAACAAUAGUAACCGACAGCUCUUACCAAUGCGCGUAUCAGGAGUUCCUAGAGCAGGAGAGGGAGGAAAGCAAACAUGCAUAUAAUUUACAGGGAAAUGCUGCAUCCACUUAAAUGGUUUUAGCAUUUAUGUUUUUACCUUAAAAGAAAUCGAUCGAUGAUCUUCACUAGAAAGCGAUUCAGCAACGUUUGUUUUAAAUUUAGUCUAGUCAUUAUUUGUUACAAUUUUCAUCCAAUGGCCAUCAUUUUUUGUUCAAAUAAUCUUAAUUUCGUAAAAUCAAUCUAGACCUGGCAUAGGUUCUACUAAAUGCAAUCGUUUUCUAGGGAGUUCUUUGAUCGAUACACUUAAUCGUUCAAUUCUGUGACAAUUAUGAUAUAAUUCAUGGUCAGUAAAGUACUUAGCAUGAAUUGCUUUUCGAUAAUUGUAUAAUUUCUGUUAUGCUCUUCACAGGGUUUUCGAUUUCAAACGUGUUGAUUUCGAUAAUGAAAUUAUUUAUAAUUUAGGAUUUAUUGACACUACCGGUUAUUUCAAAAUCGAGAUAUGAUUAAUUUUAAAAGCAGUCUACCAGCUGUAAGAGUAUAUUUUAUAUCGAUGAGACGAUAAGAGUCACAACUAGCACAAACAGUAAAAUCGCAAACAAUCAAAGAGAAAAUCGUAACUGUAUUAAGGAUCAUUGAUCCUGCAACGGCAUGCCAAGAAGAGGUCGUAAGCAGAUAAGGAAAGCAAAGAUACAAAGUUUGUACAACUUCAACCAUAUUCAACCAAACGGUAAAAUAAAACACCGGAAGCCAAUGAUGGAAACUGAGUAAGAUAAACUUAAAUGAAGCAAAGGAGGAAGAGAUGAAGAGACCGAGAGAAAGAUGAUUGUAAAGAGAAAAAAAAACGGCAAAUUCAAAGUGGCCAGUAAGGCUAAAGUAUUUCAGAAAAAAAAACGUAAGUUGUUAAACUACACCUUUGUUAAGAUCAUAUAUGUUUGUGUUCUGAUUGUCACUGGGCACGUGAGUAAGUAAAAUAAAAAAGUGAAAACAAAAAUCCCAAAAACAAUAAGUAAGCACAUUUGAUGAACACGUUUUAGAUAUCGUCGUGGAGCCUUGAAACCACUAGCAGGUAGAAAGUGUGCAACACAAAAUAAAGAGUUCCAGGAAACAAAACAAAAAUGCGAGAAAUAAAAUAAAAAAACCCCUCUAAAAGAACAAAAAAACAUUCAGUCUGUCGAAAUUCCCGACCCGUUCGAUGGGCAAAAGUUUGAAAAUGACCAGUAAUAGCAGCAGCAAUCAAUGGACGGCGCAGUGCAAGGGACGGAUAAUUUUUUACAUGAAAUAAACUUUUUUCAUUUUCAAAUGAUUAAAACCAUAA